ACCUCCUGCCCGGGCCAGGGGCUCAGCAUGACUCAGGGAACCCUGAGCACGCAGCCCUAGCCCUGGAGAGGUGGGCGGCUGCCUUUCCCUGGAAGAGCUGCCACCAGGCAGGGGAUCCCAGCGGUCCCUUGGCCAGCAAGCCCUGCUCCUGAGCAUCUGGCUGGCCACAGAGCCAGAGAAACGGGGGCAUCUCUCAGUCCGUGUCCAGGCUAUGCACCACAGGAGGUGGUCCCAGCUGCCCUGGAAGUCAAGCAACAGCACGGAGAAGAGAUGGGGGACAUGGGCAGGGAGCAGCGGACCUGAGCUGCUGCUCAUGUGGAGCUCCUAGGCAGCCACAGCCUCCAGCUCUGAGCCCCGUAGCCAGGAAAUGCUGGGGAUUUUCUGACCUCUACCAGAUUUGGAACAAGCUCCAAGGACAUGGGACUCCAGCUUUAUCUUCUACUUCUCUUCCCACAUCUGGCAGGGGCCAUCCUGGACAUCACCCUGGUCGCCAACGUGCAGAGCCUGUCCCACUCUGACUUCUUCCUCUCCUGCGUGGUGGGGGAGCACGACGUGAGCUACCUGCAGAUCGAGCGGGAGAACAAGAUCGUGAUGACUCACCCCAAAAUGAACUUCCAAAACUACCGCAACCGCAGCAACCAAGUCCAGGCCAGGGGCUUCUCCAAGGCUGACCUGGUGGGGAUCCUCUACUGCCUGGGGCGCACCCCGACCGAGCAGGCCCAGGUGGUCUAUGUGCACAACAGCCACAAUGCCCACCUCUUCCCAGUGAAGGCCACACAGUCUGUGAAUGUGGCCGAGGCAGCCACCUUCUCUGCCAGGAUCCUCAAGAGGAAGGAGACAGAUGUUAUGUGGAAAAGAAACGGCACCUACUACCAAACCACGGACCGGGGCGAGGUGCAGGAUGACCACGUUGUCCUGACGCUCCCCAAUGUCAGUGUCAACGAAAACGGUGUCUACAGUGCCACGUUCAUGGGGGACAGCCCUCUGUGGAGUGCCUUCUACCGCCUCAUCGUGAGAGCCUGCCCUGCAAAGAAAUGGGGACCAUCCUGUGACAAGGACUGUCCCGACUGUCUGAACGGCGGCAUCUGCCACGACCACGUUGGUGAAUGCAUCUGCCCUCCAGGGUUCAUGGGCACCCGCUGUGAGAGAGCCUGCCAGGAAGGCCAGUUUGGCCGCAACUGCCAGGAGACGUGCCAGAGAGCCCAGGGCUGCCGGGGGCUGAGCUUCUGCCUUCUCGACCCCUAUGGCUGCUCCUGUGCCUCGGGCUGGAGCGGCUCCCGCUGCGACCAAGCCUGUCCCUCAGGAUUCUACGGCCCUGACUGUGCCCUGGAGUGCACCUGCCAAAAUGGAGGCAGCUGUAACCGCUUCAGUGGCUGUGUCUGCCCCGCAGGCUGGCAUGGGCAGCACUGUGAGAAGUCAGACCGGUUCCCCCAGAUCAUCCAGCUGGCCUCAGAGCUGGAGUUCAACCUGGGCUCAGAGCCCAUCAUCAGCUGUGUGGCCAUUGGCAACCCACUGCCCACCAGGGACAGCGUGGAGCUGCGCAAGGCUGACGGCACUGUGCUCAAGGUCAUCAAAACCAUCAUUGAGCCAAAGCAGAUCACCUGUGAGUUUGAGGUGCAGCACCUGACAAAGGCGGACACGGGGCUCUGGGAGUGCCGGGUCUCCACCACCGGGGGCCAGGACAGCCGGAAAGUCAAGGUCAAUAUCCGAGUGCCGCCAGUGCCCUUGAGCGCCCCCCGGCUGUUGGCCAAGCAGAGUCGCCAGCUCGUGGUGUCACCUGUGGACAGCUUCUCUGGUGAUGGACCCAUCACCUCCAUCAAGCUCUUCUACAAGCCCAAGGAUGACAAUUCAGCAUGGUCAUCCAUUGUGGUCGACAACAGCGAGAACAUCACCCUCAUGAACCUCCGGCCAGUGACCGCCUACAUCGUCAAGGCGCAGCUGAGCCGGCCAGGGGCUGGUGGGGAGGGCAGCAAGGGUCCUGAAGCCAUCAUGGUGACUGACUGCCUUGAGCCCACAGUCAAACCUGUGAUCGAAGGCUGGUCCGUAGAAAAGAAAAAUAUGCUUCAUGUCACCUGGAAGUUGCCAAGCAACCAUGAGCCAGCACAUGGGUUCAUUGUCCACCUCUUUGACUCUGCAAGGCGGUUGGUCUCUGAGAAAAACAUCACAUCCAUCUCUGUGCUCUCUGCCCGCAUCGGGGGCUUGGAGUUUAACAAGGAGUACAGGCUGGAGGUGCUGGUGUACCACUGCACCAGCCUGGGGCCACCCUCUGACCCUUACAAGGUCAUGAUCAACAGUAAAGGGCCCUCCUCCCCGCAGCUGCUCUCGGCAGAGCCCGUGUCCGACACCGCGGUCAGGCUCUCCUGGCAGGUGCCUGAGUACCCCAACGGGGGCAUCACCAAGUACAUUGUGGAGCUGCAGCAGGUGGGGGGCACCAGUGAACCCCAGUGGAUUGACACCGACAGCGGCGCCGAGACCACCAAGAUCGUUGGAGGCCUCAAUGCCAGCACCAGCUACCAGUUUCGUGUCCGUGCCAACUCCCAUGUGCCAGGGGAAUGGAGCCUGCCCGUAAAAGCCAAGACCCUCGGGGACGGAGUGCUGAGCGUGCCGCCCAGCCUGGGCAGCCAGGGCACUGAGCAGGCGGGAACAGACCAGCAGCUGCUCUUGGCCAUUGUUGGCUCUGUGUCCGUCACUUGCUUCACCAUCCUCUUUGCUCUCCUGGCACUUUUCCUCAUCAAGAAGAAUUUUUUCCACCGGCGCCGCACCUUUACGUACCAGUCUGGCUCGGGGGAAGAGACCAUCCUGCAGUUCAACUCAGGGACCCUGACCCUCACACGCCGGCCCAAGCCGCAGCCUGAGCCCCUCAGCUACCCCAUCCUGGAGUGGGAAGACAUCAAGUUUGAGGACAUGAUCGGGGAGGGCAAUUUUGGGCAGGUAAUCAGGGCCAUGAUCAAAAAGGACGGCCUGAAAAUGAAUGCAGCCAUCAAGAUGCUGAAAGAGUUUGCUUCAGAGAAUGACCAUCGGGACUUUGCUGGGGAGCUGGAGGUGCUGUGCAAACUGGGCCAUCACCCCAACAUCAUCAACUUGCUGGGUGCCUGUGAGAACAAGGGCUACCUGUACAUCGCCAUUGAGUACGCUCCAUAUGGAAACCUCCUCGACUUCCUCCGCAAAAGCCGAGUCUUGGAGACCGACCCAGCCUUUGCCAAGGAGCACGGCACUGCCUCCACCCUCACAUCCCAGCAGCUCCUCCAGUUUGCUUCAGAUGUGGCCAAGGGGAUGCAGUACCUGAGUGAGAAGCAGUUCAUUCACAGGGACCUGGCAGCAAGAAACAUUCUGGUGGGAGAAAACCUGGCCUCCAAAAUUGCUGACUUUGGCCUCUCCAGAGGGGAGGAGGUCUAUGUGAAGAAGACAAUGGGCCGUUUGCCAGUUCGCUGGAUGGCCAUCGAGUCCCUCAACUACAGCGUGUACACCACCAAGAGUGAUGUGUGGUCAUUCGGUGUCCUGCUCUGGGAGAUUGUCAGCUUGGGGGGGACACCGUACUGCGGGAUGACGUGUGCCGAGCUCUAUGAGAAGCUGCCGCAGGGAUACCGCAUGGAGAAGCCGCGUAACUGCGACGACGAGGUGUACGAGCUGAUGCGGCAGUGCUGGCGGGACCGCCCCUACGAGCGCCCUCCCUUCGCCCAGAUCUCCAUGCAGCUCAUCCGCAUGCUGGAGGCCAGGAAGGCCUACGUGAACAUGGCCCUGUUCGAGAACUUCACCUACGCGGGGAUUGAUGCCACUGCCGAGGAGGCGUGAGGCUGCGCUGGCCCCAGCCUGCUGGAACAGUGCUCUGGGGACAAGGGGCUGCUCAUCCUCUCCAGGGCCAAGCAGCCAAAUGGCAGUGCCCCUUCUCAAGAGGGCCUUCCCUGCAGCAGGACUGUGCCGUCCCCUCCCUGGCAUGGUGCCAGCCACUAAGAGCCCCACACUGUUGGGACAUGCUGGGGUGGCCCCCAAGGACAAACAGCAGCAGGGUCCUGGCAGCAGAGCAGGCAGGAGAGGGCCUCCCUCAGGAGCCAAGGCACUGCCUAAGCCCACGGACACAAAUGCUUAAACUUUGGGGCAAGAGGAGGAAGCAGCAAUACAGCUGCAGCCCUCAGCAUGCUCUGGGCCUGAAGUGGUGCCAGGGGCUGUGAGCAACGCUGCUGGCAUGGGAUGGGGCCACCCUGGUGGGUGCAAAAGGACAAUGUUGGCUGUGCACAGCCUCCAGCUCUGCAGUGACCCUUUGGAGAUGUCAGCUCUGCCUU